AGUCAGCACGGACCAUAGUGUUGCCGGAGUUGAACGGAGACUCCGGUGUCCGCGCGUGCCGCCCGAUGUUCACCACGUUUGAAUUUGAAUAAUAUUAUUAAUAUUAAUUGAAUAAUAUAUGUGGACACUGGUCGUAUUGUAGUGUUUGUUGUGUGUGAAUAUUGAAAAGGUAACUUUUUAAUUAAAUUGUUUAGAGUUAGUUUAACUUUAACGAAAAAAAUGUGAAGUAUUAAUGAUUUAAAAAAUAGGCGGGAGGUGCACGAUCGAUUAUGUGCAGAGAUCUGAUCUGACGGCGACAUUCCCACACGCACUCGCAUGACACCACAUCUCAUAGAGUUAUAACGAGCUCGUCAACAUGGCGGAUCUUACAACCUUCGCGCCAACUGUCACAGAGCUCUACGAUGUAAUAAGCUCGUCAGUAAGCUAUGGUCUUCUGGAGAACGGGACCCUGCCCGCGAGUAACGCUACGGGUGCGCUGCCGGGCCGCCACGGCAAGCACGCCUUCAUGUUACUGGUGAAGGUCGUGUACGUGAUGGGCAUCGUCGGCAACCUGGUGGCCAUCGUGUCACUCCGCACCGGAGAGAGGCGCGUCAGGAACAGGAAGCAUCUGUUGCUGCUGACUUCUCUCGCCGUCAACGACCUGGUCGCGAUGGUGGGGAUGAUGGCAGCCAUGCUGGUGGCGGAGCUAGCGCCGGGCGUGGCCAGCACGCGCUGGUACUGCGGCGCACGCGUCGUGCUGCGAGUGUUCGGAGUAGGCAGCGUGUGUAUCGCCGUCACCAUGGCGCUGGAGCGGUACCUGGCGCUCACCAGGCCCUUCCUCUACCAGAAGCAAGUGACGUACUUCAUGAUCCGGCUGACGCUGCUGGGGUCGUGGUGCUGGGCGGCGGUGCUCACGGUGGCGCCGGUAGUGGGCGCGGGCCUCUACUACAGCGAAGAGAAGCGCGCCUGCAUGCGAUACCGAAACGCCACGUCCGGCCUGCACUACGCCUACGCCGUCGUCUACGUCACUUUCGGUACGCUGCUGUGUGCUGUGCUGGUGUACUGCAACCUGGCCGUGAUCCGAGCUCUGUACGCCAUCACGGCGCCGCGAGCUGACGGGCCCGUGGUGCGCCGCGUCUCCAAGACCAGCUGCCGGCAGCGUCAGAGGAGCCAGCGCGGAGGCCCGCACCACAACGCCGCCACGGCCGAGGAGGUCGCCUUCAGCCGGCUCAUGGCGACGCUCUCCGUGGUCUUCAUGAUAUGCUGGUUGCCCCAGAUGGUGACGUCAGCGCUGUACCUGGCGCUGGGCGCGCAGUACUGGCCGCGGCUGGAGCUGUUCAGCAAGCUGUCUGACGUGCUGAUGCUGCUGCACUACGUGAUCGACCCGCUCAUCUACGUGCUCUCGCGCAAGGGGCGCCGCUGCUCCGUCGGCGCGCUGUGCCACGCCAUCGCGCACUGCUUCAAGCGGAAACAUAAAACAUCGACGGACUCGAUGAAGACGUCCGCGUCGUGCUGCCCACAGGAGACGCUCAUCAUCAGCGACAGCUCCGGCGCUGAGCUGCGGCCGCUGCGGCCCGGAGCCGCCACCCUGCUCCACGUGGACGAAUGAGGAUACAACACAUUUAUAAUACACCGCCUGUGACACACAAAAUGCCUUCUUAUACAUUUGAAGAACUCCAUUUUAAUAAUUUAAAUAAUAUACAAAUUAAUAAUUUAAAUAAUAUCAAUUUUUUACUCAAAGAAAUAUUUAUUUUCAUAAGAACAUCUCAAAUAUUUCUUGAUUUAAAAUUAAUAUCGAGAUAGAGUUAGAUUCGACAAUUUAGGUCCAUUGAGGACUCGUAGAGACGAGAGAGUAGAACACACUUUCCCCUGGAUACAUUAAAUUAAUUAAUAAUAAUCAAUAAAUUAAUUAAAUUAGAAAUAGGUUUUAAAUUGGUAACUAGCUUUCAUAUUAUUAUAUUACCUACUAAUAUAUUAUGAUCUACGGACUGUCACACGGGGACAAACAUGAACGAAGAUCGUUUUCUAGAUAUGAUACCUGAUGACAAACCAAACACGCCUUUUGAAGUGGAUAACGUUUUAUAAACUGAUAAACGCCGGCUGCACGAACGAACGUUCCGUCUGGGCCGUGGGUGCGAGAGAGAGCGCCGAACAAGCGAUAGAGAGGCACGAUCGACCUUAGGGUUCGGCUUGCGACGCAUCUUGUUCUUUGAUUAUUAAAAAAAAGUAGCAUCGGUCGGCGAGUGCACUAACAAUAGAUUAUGUUACAGAUUUGACUAAACAAUUAUAAUGACUUAUAUAAACGAUCGUAUAAAAAGGUGUUAUCUUAUGACGUUAUCACGUAAAAUGAUCGUCCGUAAACCGACUUUAAAGACAACCAUUUUUUUUAAUUAUUUAUAGAAUAGAUAAACUACAUGAUACACUUUUAUUUUCAUACUAUAGAUACUUAUUUAAAAAUAUAAUUUUUAUGAUUUAUAUUUUCAUAAAAUUAUGUGCUUAAGAAAAAUAAUAAAAUCUAAGUACAUUUUAAUAUAAGAAUUAUUAGAAAGUAGCAUUUUACAAUAAUAUGUUCCGGUGUGUAGUAAUAAAACUAGGAGUAGUAACUUUCAACUAUUUCGUCUACGAAGCGCCCAGAUGUGCUCAAAUACUGUAAAAAAAGCUUUCUCCCUUCAGCAAUCACAAAAAACGGUUAUUUACCAGGUUUUGUAUGGGAUUAGUUACUCAACACCUUUGCCUUUAAAAUAAAAACAACAUUGAGCCCCUAUAGGAUGUAGGCACAACUUAAACUGCUGUUGUUUUACAAAUUAAGGUGAAUUUUGCUGAUAAAAAUAAAAGUAGCUGCAGACAGCUAGGGUUUUGGAAUUAACCCCCUACAUGGGGUAUUUUACUCGCUGAAAUAGUUUAUAGUUACUAUUCCUAAAGUUUUAUUACUACAUACCGGAACACAUUGUAUAAUUACCUAAUUAUAGAGUAGAUAGUUGUCAUAAUAACUGCUUUUAUGUCAGGACAUUUAUAUUUCAGAAAAUAAGAAAAAAAAACUGGGGUAUAUACCAACUAGUGAUGUGUCAGAAAACCGAAUUCGUAGAGAGGUAAAUCCAAAUAUAACCAAAUUGAUACUGCUUGAUUUAGAUAAAUAAAUAGAGUACGAUAAUUGAGAUCAGUACUAACUACUAAGCAGUGGCAUCGCUAGUGUAGUGCUCUAAUUUUUCAUUAGAUGUUAUUCAUUAAUAUAAACUAGAUAAAAUAAUAUUACAAUAUUAGAUAACUAUCAUAUUAUAGAACAUACUGUUUAUACAGAGUAUCUAUAUUGUAUGGUUGGUACGAUCAAAUGAAGAGUGUGGGGCUCCGUCCAGGUACAAGCUGAAUCUCGAUUUGUGAGCAACGAUUAAUGGCAUUUAAUUGUAGAGUUAAUUAAUAAUGUGUUGUAGAGUAAUUUACAAUCAAAUUAAUAUUAUUGGUAUUAUGAGGAGUUAGAAGUUCUCGUGAUUUGUUUAGUGGAACCUUUAUUUGACGGAUCAUCUAAUUCUGGCCGCACUUCUUAUAGAUGAAACUAGAAGCUAAGCUGUUCAAAUGUUAUGUACGAUGGCCAUUAAGAUAUUUUUUAAUUAAAUAAAAAUAUAUUGUUGCACAGUUUUAGUAAAAUACAGUACAGUUCUACCAACAUUAAUUUUAACUUUAAAAUAUAUUGCGUUUUUUAGUACCUAGUAAAACGGUAAUAAUGUUACGUAAUGGUCAAAUGUGGUGUUAUUUUACAUCGAAUAGUUAUAUUUAUAUAGUGCUUCGGAUCUUUUAAUAUUUUAAAGAAUAAAAUAAAAAAUAUAUAUCUAUAUAAACCAGAUCUCUCAGAAGGCCUGAAGGGAAAUAAAGAAAAAAAAAAGAAAAAACUGUUUUCUGAAGGUAGGCGCAUAAAGAGAAAAGUUGUUAUAGAGGUAUUAUGGUUUUAUGAAGUAAAAACUUAAUUAAUUGGUGAAUUAAUAAAACAACAGUUGCACCAACGUUGUAUUCGAUUGUGAUUGGUAGAUGCUCAGAGUACAAAUGUAGAAUAAGUGUUAAGUGUAGUGUUGGUACCAACGUAGUACCCCACUACCUGCAACACAAUUAUUUAAAUGUUAGAAUUAAAUAAUAAAAUUAGUUACCAGGACACACCGGCCAAAUACACGUGAACGAAUGCAAACUAUAUUAAACAAUAAUAUAGUUUGCAUUCGUUCACUUAAGCUAUUCUAUUUCUAAACAAUUAAGCUAUUCUAUUAGAUAUGGUAUAUAUACAUAUAAGUGUAAUUAUAUGAAAACAUAAGAUGUCCAAUUCCAUUACUGAGUAGGUGCGUUUAAUAGAGCCUGAACGGAUAUAUAGGUACGGAAGCGAAUGCUUUCCAACGAGCCGCAUAUUCACAACUAUUGUUUAGUUGAAUAUUAAAUUGGUUUUAUGAGAUGCUGUUUCUGUAAUACAAUUACUUAAAAUAUUUAUACAUACUACUGUAAUUUUUGAAAAGUGAAUGAAAUAUAUUGUAAUUAGGAAAUA